CUUCUUCUUCUUCUUCUCCUUCUUCUCCUUCCCCAUUUUUCCAACCGAAGGAAAGAUUUUCGAAACGAUGAUCGCACUCAAAACCCUGCACAUCUCCUUCUCCCCCACCGACCCCUCCGCCUUCCUCCCCUCCAACCCCAACCCCAAGAAGAAGCGCCCGACCCUCUCCCUGUGCAGGUGCAAGCACGACGGCUCCUCCUCCUCCUCCGGCCCCCCUCCCCCGCCGCCGCCGCCGGAGGGCGACGCCCGGAAGCAGGAUCUGCUGGCCCGGAUCGCGAUGCUCCAGGCGCGGAAGGUCCGGCUCACCGAUUACCUGGACGAGCGGUCGGCGUACCUGACCCAGUUCGGCGAGGAGGCCGGCGCCGAGUUCGACAAGAUCGGGGAGGACGCGCUCCGAGGCCUCGACGAAGCGGGUAACCGGAUAAUGGAGAACAUAGAGAGCAGAAUGCAAGCAUUUGAAGAAUCCAUGGAGCUCAACAAAAUGGAGAUCGAGGAGAGCGACAACAAGUUGGCAGAAUUCGAGGGACAGGUCGAGAAGGACCGCAAUGAGGGGCUCUUCUUCAAAAGCCUCACCCAGAAGAAGCCGGUCGAGAAGGCGAAAGCCAAGGAGGAGGUGAAGAAGAUCCAAGACGUCGCGAAACAGAGCACCGGGUCAAAAAUCCGAAGGAACAUCUACCUUGUGCUGAUUGGCAUCUUGGUUGCCGGGAUCGCAGACUCUUUCAUCUCUUCCUCGCCCGAUUGGAGAAAAGUUGCAGUCCUCGGGGCGAUUCUAGUGGCUUUGAUUACUCAGUUCGCAUACGAGCAAGGGAUGCAGUCGGAAACAGAGCAAACAGAGAAAGAGAGAUCCGAUCGAGAAGAUAAGUAAAUUUUCGACCUUUUUUUCCCUCCAUGAUCUAAAUGUACAUUCUUUGCUCAUUGAUGACUCUGGCAAUAGACAGGAUGAUGCCAUACUAUAAAGCAGAGUCCAUAGUUUGGUUUUGAUUUGAUAUAUGAAGUUCGUUCUUUCUUUC